AUGCUACCAUUUGCUCUAACAUGGGAUCCCUCAUGGCCCGAGGCAUGGGCUCCAGUGAUAAACCAUCCGGGCUCAUUGCUUUCGUGUCGGGGUGCUACCAUUUACCACGGGGUAUCUCUAUGUGCUUCUCCAUGGGUCGAGCUAAUGUUACGUGCUGCUCUAUGGACAGAACAGGUGCUACGUGAUGCUCCAUGGGUCGAACUGGUGCUGCGUGCUGUCCCAUGGGUCGAGCUAGUGUUACGUGCUGCUCUAUGGACAGAACAGGUACUACGUGCUGCUCCGUGGAUAGCACUGGUAAAAGAGCUAAUUGAAGAGGGUGUCUAUAGAUGGAAUGCUGCUUUGAUCAAGGAGUUGUUUUGUGAGGAAGAUGGUGCAGCUAUCCUCAUAAUCCAAUCCCUUGACCCAACUAUGAAGGAUAGGUGA